GGUAAAAAAGUUCUAAUUUGGCAAGCCAUAUGUGAAUGCGGGCAUAAAUCCACGCCAUUCUUCACUAUGGGAACCAUCAACACUGAAAUUUACGUGAAAGAGUGUCUUCAAAAACGUCUUCUGCCCUUCCUACGUCAUCAUAAUGGCCAAAUUAUGUUUUGGCCGGAUUUGGCUCCAGCACAUUACGCUAAUAUCACCCAAAAGUGGUUCGAAGAUAACAAUGUGCAUUACGUGAGGAAAGACUUGAAUCCACCUAAUGUGCCUGAGUUGCGACCAAUUGAGCGAUAUUGGGCUCUGAUGAAAGCCAAACUUUUAAAAAUGGGGAAACCAACAAAAACUAUUUCAGAAAUAAAAAGAAUGUGGCGGACAGCAUCGCUAAAAGUCUCUCCAGAAAAGUUCGGGCGUAUGGACAGCAACGAAUAAAUUGACACAAUUUCUUUUCGUAUUAUCACUAUAAACAUGU